AUGACCGAGGUGAUAAAUGGUGAUAUUCCUUGUACCGAAUGCGGAGCUAGACUAGAAGCGAGAAAUAACAAGAAAGCCGUUUUUGGGAAGGAAUGCCUACCGUUAGCUUCGCGGCUCAUUCUUUACGGCUUGUGUGGCCUCUUUGCUGAAGUCAUGUUCACGGCAACUUGGUAUUUUGUCGACUCUGCUAAGUAUCGUCAUUGCUGGAAACUCCAUGGAUGCACCUCUGUUUGGUCCUUCCCCAUUUACUCUUUGUCUUCGUUCGCUGUUGAGCGAAUGUUUUUAUUUCUCGAUGGCCGAGUUCCUUUGCUGGUACGUGGGUUGAUAUACGUCGUUUGGACAUAUAUGUGGGAGUUUGUUACAGGGUUAGUACUGCGGCAGUUUAACGCGUGUCCUUGGGAUUACAGAGGCUACACUCAUUUCAACAUCAUGGGUUUGAUCACGUUUGACUACGCACCUUUGUGGUUCAUUGGUUCAUUGUUACUAGAAACUGUUGUUAUACAAAGUGCUUUGCAACUUCAAUAUACAACAGAAGGCAUCAAUAAAAAGGAAGAUUAA